AUGAAGCUGAAAAAGUCAUCUGAUGAGAAAUAUGUUCCUCUUAGUUAUUAUGAAAUUUGGUUUGCUUCUUUGCUUGCACUUUUUAUUUGUGUUUGUGUUGGGCUUAUUGUACUUUCAUGGUUAACAAUCCAGGAGUUAGAAGGAGUUGAAACAGGUGGGAACAGUCAUCUCUACAUGGGAACAUUUAAAAUAGUCUCUGGGACAAUAUUCACUCCUUCUUUGCAUGAUAGAUCAUCAGCUGACUUCAAAAUCCUUGCCUUUGAUGUUGAAAAGUUGAUACAAGAAAUUUUUCAAGCAAGUAUUCUGACAAAUGAAUUUGAGAGAUGUGAAAUUUUCCAGUUCAAGAAGCCUGAAGAAGGUCAUGAAAACUUCAAGUCUCAAACUGGUGUUGUUGUGAUCUUCAACCUUUAUCUUACCCAGAGGGUAAUGGCUGAGAAAAUAAAAGAUGAGUUGCUUUUGGGUAUUGACGCAAAUACAACUGGUCUUGUUCAGACUUUGAAAAUUGAUGUGAACAGCAUACAAAUCACAGAGUUUGCUGAAAAUCGAACUACAAUGUUGCCUUUAACUUCAUCAGGUCAGGGCUACAAGAGAGCACAAAGUAGAGUUCUAACCCAGGGUUGUGUUUGCCCAGUUUCAGAACAACUCACCACAAUCAAGUUCACAACUUCAGUUGAGUGCUUGCCACUUUCUGAAGUUUGUGCUGAUGGUGUAACCUGCAUUAGAAAAGAUUUAUUUUGUGAUGGAGUCUUGGACUGCCCGGAUGGUUCAGAUGAAUCUGAAAAAAGAUGUGCUGCAGUUUGUGAUGGAAAAUACAUGCUGACUGAUUCCUCUGGGUCUUUCCACUCUAUGAAUUAUCCAAAACCGUAUAAUGCAAAUAUUGUUUGCCGAUGGAUUAUACUAGUGCCUCAAGGGUUGUCAAUUAAACUGAACUUCACUUCUUUUGAUACACAACAAUUUGCAGACAAUCUAGAUAUUUUUGAAGGUAUAGGACAAAACAAGACUUUAAGAGCUUCUCUCUCAGGGUCUAAUGCUGAGACAGUAUACAUUUUUUCUCAUGAGGCUACAGCUGAGUUUAUAUCUGAUUAUUCUGAAAAUUACAAUGGCUUUAAUGCAACAUAUACUGCAUUUAAUGCAAAUGAGCUAAACAAUUAUGAGAAAGUCUGUUGCACUUUUGAAGAUGGCUUUUGUUAUUGGAGGCAAGAUUCAGAUGAUGAUUCAGACUGGGAGAGAAUUCAGGGCCCUACCUUUCCCCUUAUGAGUGGUCCUGAUUUUGAUCAUACAUUUGGCAACAUGUCAGGAUUUUAUAUUUCAACACCCAUAGGACUUGGAUUCAGAGAAGAGAGAGUUCGGAUUCAGAGUUUGCCUUUGGUCUCUUCAGAUCCAUCUUGUCUAAGCUUUUGGUAUUACAUGUACAGUCCUAAUGUUUACCGUUUAAGUGUUAGCAUAAGUGAUGAACAAGGUGUGGAAAAGAUAAUUUUUGAGAAAGAAGGAAACUAUGGAAACAACUGGAAUUACGGACAAGUAACUUUAAAUGAAACAUCUGAUUUUAAGGUUAUCUUUGAUGCCUUUAAAAAGAAUGGUGCAAGUGAUAUUGCCUUGGAUGAUAUUGGCCUGACAAAGGGAAAAUGUAACGAAAGUAAUUAUGUAGAACCAACUGCACUUCCAGUUGUUACUACUACCCCUUCAGGUCCCAAUGACUGUGGAGGACCAGUUGAACUCUGGGAGCCAAACACUACGUUCAGCUCUGAAAACUUUCCAAACUAUUAUCCUAAUCAAGCAUCAUGUGUAUGGUACUUAAAUGCCGAAAUAGGGAAGAACAUUCAACUUCAUUUUCAGGUAUUUGAUGUGGAAUAUAUUUAUGAUAUAGUUGAAGUCAGAGAUGGCAGAGGACCAAAUUCUUCACUUUUGGCUGUCUAUACGGGACAAGGCCCAUUGCCAGAUGUCUUCUCUACAACAAACCAGAUGACAGUAAUCCUUUUUACGGACACGACUGUAACAAAGAAAGGAUUUCUUGCAAACUUCACUACUGGCUAUCGUCUAGGAGCUUGUACACUCGAGGAAUAUCAGUGUCGUAGUGGAGAGUGUAUACCAUUGCAUAACCUUUGUGAUAACCUACCUCAGUGUGAAGAUGGCUCUGAUGAAGUGAAGUGCAUGAGAUUGCUUAAUGGUUCUUUAAGCACCAAAGGGCUGGUACAAGUCAGGAUUGGGAAGACAUGGCACCUGGCAUGUGCAGAUGAUUGGAAUGAGCAGAUUUCAGACAGUGUUUGCCACCAGCUAGGAUUAGGGGAUGCAAAUAUGUCAUCAACUGUAUUAUUCACCGGAGAUGGCCCAUUUGCUGACAUCACCAAAACAGCUAACCAAAGCCUUAUAUUUACAAAAAGAGAACACUGUUUGAACAACCGGGUGAUUCAUCUGCAAUGUAACAUUAAACCUUGUGGACAACGCUUGGUAACUCAGAACAAUAGAACAAGGAUUGUAGGUGGAAGUGAUGCCAGAAGAGAGGCUUGGCCUUGGGUAGUCUCACUUCAUUUUAAUUCCAUGCAUCUUUGUGGAGCCUCCCUUGUCAGCGAGGAAUGGCUGGUGACAGCAGCACACUGUGUAUAUGGGAGGCAUUUACAACCAUCUAAAUGGAAGGCAGUUCUUGGCUUGCAUGACCAAUUGAAUAUGACACACCCCUCAACAGUAAUUCGAUACAUCGAUCAAAUAGUUAUAAAUCCUCAUUACAAUAAGCUUACAAAAGACGGUGAUAUUGCUCUGAUGCAUCUUCAGUACAAAGUGCAAUAUACAGACUACAUACAACCUGUCUGCUUACCAGAAAAAAAUCAACACUUUCUACCAGGAAUUAAGUGCUUCAUUGCUGGCUGGGGUGAUACUACAAGUGGAGGUUCCACUUCAAAUAUAUUGCAAGAAGCAGAGGUCCCUCUCAUUUUAAAUGACCAAUGCCAGCAAUGGAUGCCAGAAUAUAGUAUUACUGAGAAUAUGAUCUGUGCAGGCUACGACAUGGGAGGAAUAGAUUCCUGUCAGGGAGAUUCAGGAGGCCCUCUGAUGUUUGAAGAUGGUAACGAGUGGGUUUUGGUAGGUGUAACAUCAUUUGGCUAUAAGUGUGCACUUCCCGAACGACCAGGAGUGUAUGCUCGAGUCUCCAUGUUUGUGGACUGGAUACAAAAUACCAUCUAUUAUCUUGAUAUUUUUUAA